AUGGAUUUCGACUCCAAGUAUAUACGGGGCCCAUCUAUUGAGAGCGGAUCUUUUGGCGAAGUAUGUCGUGUCAAGAGAAAAAGCGAUGGAGUUGAGAUGGUGCUAAAGACUAUCCACAAAUCUAAACUGCCUCAUUAUGCUCGCACCGACUAUGGCGAGUAUCCAAACGAAGUGAAAUUAUUGAGAAAACUCAGUCAUCCGCAUAUUAUCAAGUUUAUGGAUUCGUUUGAAGAAGCCAGAUCCUUUCUAUUAGUUAUGGAGUUGGUAGUGAACUCUAUAGAUCUUUAUGAUUUCACUAUAAGGCGAGUUGAAACCAGUGAGGAAGUACUUGCCUACAUAUUUGCUCAGGUGGCUGAUGCAUUACUUUUUCUGCACUGUAAUGACAUCGUACAUAUGGACUUAAAGUUGGAAAAUGUCGUUAUGGAUGAAAAACUUACCUGCAAACUGAUAGAUUUUGGCAGCGCUGCAAAGUGCGAAAAUGGUGAACUCUUUCACUGUCCACGAUGUUCCCAGCAGGCUUGUAGCCCUGAGAUUUGGAGUGGUCGCAGCUUCCAAGGGAAGGACGCAGACUGUUGGGCGCUUGGGGUGCUACUGUAUCGACUUUGCUAUAGGGAAACUCCCUUUCUUACCUGUGACGAGGCUCUGAACUUGGACUACGUAUUACCCGAUGAUGUUUCACUUGAACUGGACGAUCUGUUCAUGCGGGUAUUUCACGAAAAUGUGCUUUGCCGAGCCGAAGCCUGGGAGAUUCGUCACCACCCGUGGACGAUGGCUGGCAGCAGAAAGAGCUACACCCUCAGCGACCUCAUCAAUGAAGCAAGCAUCUGGAAUUCAAUUUGUCCUACUGAAAGCGAAGACUAUGGUGGUUAUUUGCCCGAGCGUUUGCGAAAGCAUCUUUGA